AGUAAAAAAAGAGGUUUUUUCUUGUCGAUUUUAACAUUUUAAUAUUUUAAAAUUAAACACGUCUCUUUAUAAUGUACACUCUCGACUAAUUGACUUGUUCACGUGUGUAUGCCUUAUAUUAUCAAUUAAUUUUGUACGUUAUACAUUUUCUUUUUUAUUUUUACAAAAAUUAAAAUAAUGCAAAAUGUCCUAGGAAUCCUACGCAUAACUCGAAAUUACUGGCGGCCGUCAACGAUGGCACUGGCGAAGAGCGUUGCAAGAAGAACCAAGAGAUGGCCGGGAGUCGCGGCGUCGCGACGCUCGGCGCACCGGCGCGGCAUUCGGCGCCGGCAGCAGUAGUUGAGUCGGCAUCGCCGUUGUCGUCGCGCGACGUCGCCCUCGUCAUUGCCGGCUCAGGCACGGGGCUCGACGACCAUUGGUUGGCCGGUAGGUGGGAGGGUGCCCGGUGGCUGUCAGCGACGGCAGCGGGGGCAAGGGUUGCAGUCGUGCCGGGCACGCGGGCGGGGGUAGGAGGGGUGCAACGAACCCUCUCGCCUCGGCUCGAGUCUACGGAGCACGGAGUUGUGUUCGAAUCAUGGCGACACCCGACCCCGUAGACCCAGCCACCCUAGAGAUUAAGACCCGUAGCAUAGAACAGACACUACUCCCACUAGUGAAACAGAUUUCCACGUUAAUCUCACAUAGAGAACGACCGCUAUGCUCGGACCGGAGUCUACGAGCGGUCGCCAGAGUCGGCCAGGCAGUAAAUUUGGCCGUCGAGAGAUUCGUGACUGUCGGCGAAACUAUCGCGGACGACAACCCGGCAAUCAAACAAGACAUGUACGAGGCGUGCAAAGAAGCGAGAGUUGCGGGCUCGGCAAUCGAGAAAUUAUGCGAAUGUGCCUUGGAAGACAGCUUGGCUGACCGAGGUUCCGUCGUAAGGGCUGCCAGAUGUCUCCUAGGCUCGGUGACGAAAGUCCUCCUCCUGGCAGACGUCGUCGUGGUCAAUCAAUUGCUUCACGCCAAGGAUAAGGUCGCCCGUAGUCUCGGGCGCCUCGAAAGUGUCUCGAAUUUCACGGAAUUCGUCAAGGCGUUCAGCCAAUUUGGAGGAGAGAUGGUUGAGUUGGCGCAUUUAACGGGUGAUCGUCAGAAUGAUCUCAAAGACGAGAGGCGACGUGCGCAGAUGGCAGCGGCUCGACAAGUGCUCGAGAGAAGUACCAUGAUGCUGCUCACAUCCAGCAAAACAUGUCUGAGGCAUCCCGAAUGUCCAUCCGCUAAGGAGAACAGAGACACCGUUUUUUGCCAAAUGAGAAGGGCGAUGGAUCUGAUACAUUUCGUCGUCAAGGACGGUGUAUUAGACUGCAGCGAAUCUCAGUCCUACUCGAAUUCACAGAGCCCGGAACAACAAGACUGGGAUAGCAGUACAGUUUGUUCAGCUUUGAAAAGCUUCGAAAGGCUCGUUGAAACAACGAGGAUGACCCUGCUGGGACCGGGUUGUCGCGAAACACUUACAAAGGCGCUCGAAACAGUGGUCGAGAGGACACAAGACUUCACCGACAGCGCCUAUACGAGUCACGAGCAUAGAGAAAAUAUUCUUUUGCUUUGCGAUCGCGCGAAACUCGAGCUCAAUACACUCUUGCGGAUCGGCAAUAGUAUGAAUUAUGUGUUCCGUCAGAAUUAUGAAGGAGGCGGGGGUUCACCUAGCUCGGAAAUGGAACAAGCGGUGAUGGGUGUGCUACGGGCGACCAGAGACCUUCGCCAACAACUCUGCGCCACGACAAUGGAGCAGGCUGGCGAUCUUGGCCAAGUGACAAAAGCUGGCCAGGAACUCGUGUCAACGAUCAGAAAUCUCGCGCUGGCCAAUGACAUCGACCGUCUACAGGAGAGCAACGACAGGUUCCACGAGUAUAUCGAACACAUUCUCGAAGUGUGCAAACUUCUGAGACACGUUGCGCUUUCGGAAUCGUUGCAAGUGUCGGCCAAAUUCACGGAGAUCAACUUAAGAAUAUAUGGUCCUCAGGUCGUAACGGCCGCGCACACGCUAGCUAGGUAUCCCAACAGUAAAAUAGCCAAGGAAAAUCUCGAAGUAUUUGCUGACAUGUGGCAGUGGAUCAUGACUGACGUGACGACAGUAGCGAAAGAUGUUUUGGAACUCAGUCAAAACCGACCAGAGAAGCAAGUUUACAUGUCUUUGCCGCGGCCAGGGAAACAUGGCACGACGAGUAAGCCGUUAAAACCAGUGCGGUUGGACAGCGAGGAACAGGCGAAGAUUGCCAAGGCGGGUCUCGAGAUGAAGUUGAUCACCUCGGAAAUGGAUGCCGAGACGGAAAAGUGGCAGGAGAGCGGAAGCGCUCUAGAAGAGAACAAUGACAUCGUGAAACGGGCGAAAAACAUGUCAUCGAUGGCAUUUUCGAUGUACCAAUUCACGCGAGGGGAAGGCGCCCUGAAGACCACCCAAGACCUGUUUACCCAAGCUGAGUAUUUCGCCGAGGAGGCAAACAGAUUGUACAAGGUUGUGAGACAAUUCAGUUAUCAGGUACCAGGUGGACCUCAUAAGAAAGAACUCCUAGAAAAUCUGGAUCGAGUGCCGACCUACGUUCAGCAGCUCCAAUUCACUGUGAAGAACCCUACGGUUGGCAAGGCCGCCACUUUCACGAAGGUCGAUAAUGUCAUACAAGAAACGAAAAAUCUCAUGAAUGUGAUCUCGAAGGUGGUCACAACGUGUUUCGUCUGCGCCACAAAGUACAACCUGGAUUUCCGAGGUCUGUCGGCGCGCGGGGCCGGCGGCUCGCCGUACAGGGGCGGAGAGGGCGGGGGAGCUGACGGCGACGGUGGCGGAGUUGGCGUCGACGGCAGCAAGACGGGCUCCGCCCCCGGCAGCGACCCGUCCGUCUGACAGUUUGGGAUGGCCCGACGGGCCAAGGGGGACGCUCGCCGCACCCGGGUUUCCUUUCUGCUUUUCUAGGGAGAACCUCGCCUGCCCCAUCGACCACCAUCAAAGCGACGUACACGUCGACCGCCGGGAUUCCCGCGGAAUUGCCGUCAACAACUCGUGUCGGCAAGUACCGCGGCGGCGAUCGCGCGUCUUUUGGGGACACGGUAUUCGGAAGAAGGUGCCUCGCCUGGGAUACGUUCGCCGCCGCGGGGAGGCGACGACGUGUUGCGCGUAGUAACGGCAUUCGGAACCUGUGCGUGAGGAGAGCGUUCCUCUGACGGACGCCCCGAUGACUUGGUAUUUGGAAAGAAGAACGGUUUCAAUUUAACGCCUCCGCGACGUAAAAUGAGAACGAUCGCGAAAGUGUUGAUUGUUGUGCUAGAGGAAUCCUGGUUGAAAUGUUAGGAUUGACCCAGUUUGGAGAUACUCUCACAUUUCGACCAGAGAGUAAGUCAGCCAGUUUAGCCUCGGUAUGUUUAAUCGUGAUUUACGAAAGAGGGUAUAUAUGUUAUAUGUAAUUGAAAAUAUUGCAACGGUUCGACGUGCUUGGACAAUCGUUUGAGGUGUAACGAGGAUGCUUGGUCGACGUGUACGUUUCGCCAGAUCGUUUAGUUGUGUAUUUUAACUUCUACUAUACAGCAAUGAGAAACUGACGUUUACACGCUUCUGCCGUUAGUGAUCAGGUCUCAGUACGUACACAAUACGUGUUUGUACUCGGAAACAAAUGAGCUUGGGGGAGCACUUGCUUUACAGUACUUUACACGGUCGAGUUCCGCCGCGCGUGGCGAUCGAGGCGUGGAAAUGCGGAAAAUCGAGUACGGGAGUGUAACGGAGCCGAGCGCGAAAGUGGCGGAUGAAAUGCGCACGCCUCUAUGUAGUAGUUCUGCGAAAUUGUUCCUUGAUUCGAUUACGUGAAUCCACGCUUUGAUCGUUAGCAAUACUGAUGAUAAUGUAUCGCUAAAAGUGUCGAAUGGCAAAAGCUGCACUCGCGAACAAUGAAAUUUCAUUUUUGCAUCUUUGCGUAAUUCAAUUCAUGUUUUCGCGUUUUCACGGUAAAAAAAAACUUCUUUAAAUGAGGUUACGCUAAACAACGCGGCGUCUCGCAUUUCACUGCUGUUGCAUUAAUAACAGCUUCACUUUCCUGUUAUUACGUUCCUACGUAGAACGAGAAACCUCUAAUGGACGUUCAUUAGACGUCUGCCGCGAAUAUUUGGAAUCCUCCAUUACAUGUCCAUUAAACUUUUAAUGGACGUUCACUUAAAACCCAUGGUUCCGCAUUGCAUACGUCUGUUGGAUUUCCAGACGUAUUCAUAGUGGCGUCUAUUAGAUAUUACGUAGAUUAAUUAUAAAUAUAUUUCAUAGAGCUUUUUUACGUUAACUGGAAGUUUAAUAGAUUUUUACGGACCAGCGCUGUAAAUAAAUAAAUAUCAAAAUAACAUUUUAUUUAUUUGUAUCUUAAUUUUAAAGGUUCACUUAAAAAAUAUUAUUUUAUUAGAAAUUUCACGAUGUUGCGUCUUUUAUUCUAUUUUGUGUUAUGUUUUUAACCUUUCCGGGAUCGGAAUAUUAGGCGCUGGAGCGGCGUCAUCUUUUUCGUUCAACUUACUAACGAAGACAAAAAUGUUUUCUAGUAUUAAAACUAAAAAGUCGUCCAAAAAAGAGCCGGUCCUGCAGAAAUUAAUCACACUAAGAGAAAAAUGAUUGCAAUUACCAUAACUUAAUUAUAACUUAUAGUCAUUUUCAAUGCCAACUAUUUUUAAUUAUUUUAACUAUAUUAUUAUUACGCAAAUAAUAAGCGAAUAUUAAAAUGUUGAUAUCUAAAUUUACAUAGAAAUGUUUAUUUUAUUUUCAUAAUCUAUAUUUUGAUUUUUUUAACUAUAUUCAUCGUUAUCAUAAUUUAUGGCAAAAUUUUGUCACGGCUAGUAAAACUAUAAAUACAAAAUUAUUAAUAAUAAUAAUAUUAUCAAUUUAUCAUGAAUAUAAUUUGUAUUGGAAAUCUACGUGAUUUUCAUAUCAUGGAAAUAGAUGUCUAAUGAAUGUUACGUUCUAUAUAGGUUGAAACGCCGCGUUUGAGAGUAACAUAUAUCCGCUUACUAUACAUCCGUAACAUACAUUAAUAAAUUACAAAAUUAAGCUUUCAAUCUAUGAUUAUAAAAUCUAAGUAAGCUUAGUUUAUUCAACACGCAGUACGUUUUGUUACGACGCUAAGCUAAAGUCGCUCAAUACUAAUUAUAAUCGGCGUAAGGACAUAUCUCGCAAAUACCUGAAUUUCAUUAUCCUCGCGGGGGAGGGUGGGACGCGGCGAAACUUUUCCGCUAACGUAUGGCUGCGCACAAACAAAUCUUUCUUCCAUAUCGAGAAGUUGGUGCAACGACAAUAAUUAACAAAAUGUCGAUCGCAGUGCCUUUUAGGUGUGAAAACUUUGUCGAAACUUUGCCGAGGUUCAACCUCAGCUCCCGAAGUGUUACGCCAACUUCGGUAAACGGAUUAUGCAGAAAGAGAGAGAGAGAAAGAAAGAGAGAGAGAGAGAGAGAGAGUCGCAUUAUACUGGCAAGAAAAUAGCUCGCGCAUUAUACGUACAUCUGCAUGACUUUAGCGCGUGAUCGUCAAGGCGUACUGUAAAAAGCGAAAAAGGCUUUCAAAAGCUCUCUCCGCUCGGUAGAACAAUGCCGACGAAAAUCUUUAAGCAGCAAAUUAAAUUACGAAAGACUUUCUGAAAAGUCUGAAAAACCACGCGCUAACGAACGGCUUUCCCUUCUCUUGCGUUGCACUCAAUUCACAAGCUAAUUAGAGAAAUUUGAACAGUGGCGGUUUUCGAAGUCUUUAUACGAUUCCAAGAGUCCCGUCUAAGAGGUACUCUCUUUUUUUUUUUACAUUCUGUUAGCAGUCUUAUCCGCCAUUAUUCAGAUCGCUCAUAGCACAGAUUCACAUAUCCAAAAAUACAGAGAGUUUUUAAGCACUGAACUUGCAAUUAAGAAUUGUUUUAAACAAAAAUGCUUUUACACAAUUGCGGUAUCUACGAAAAAAAAAAAAAUAACGCCAUCUUAAUUAAUUAGUCGCGAUUAAUCGAGCCUCUGUAGAAAUAGAACAUAUAUUCGUGGGGCAGGAGGUCUAUUGAGGGGGACCUGGUGGCGGCAGCAGGGCGGUCAGGGACGUACUUUGUGGCAAAGACGUACAUUCUGUCACCACUCGAGAUCGCAAGUCACAACCUAACUUUCGUCGCCUGUACAAAAGACGGUCCAUCCGAUUUGAUGACGUUUUCUAACGCGGUGAAUGAAAACAUACAAAGGUUCUCACGGCGAGAGAACCGACGCCGGGUUCCAAGAUCGUCCUCAAAUCGGAUACUUUCCAGAAAUAGUUACACUCAUUGACGUCAAAGUUCCUUCUCGAUGCCACAAAGAAAAUGCCACGGCGACGAGAGUCACGUAUAGAAUCGCUCUUGAGACCGAAUUGCGUAUCGAUGAAUGAAGCGACUCGAAUUAUUUUCAAAGCGAGCCAAAUAUUUUAUCAGAGUACACCAAUAAAUGCGAUUGUACAUUAAUGUAUGAAUUAACAAUGCAAGAAUAGAUUCUCAAGAGCGCCACGACGAUAACAAGCGCCCGCUCGAAGUUGUUCUGUAUAUUUACGGGAUUACCCAAAAGAUUCCUGCAUGUUCGAGAAAUAUUUCUUAGCAAUACAUAAUAAGGAAAUUCGCCCGAGUUAGAAGUCCGCAUUAGUGAACUGCAAUUCGGCGAUUGCAGUCGUCGAGUUACCUUCGUACGCGUGAAUGUUCGCGAAUAAAUAUUAACAGCGGAAACAAAUCUCACGCGGGACGACGCCGGAGGUUUGCUUCACACACACACACACACACACACGCGGAAUCGCCGCGAUUAAACGCGAUUUCGCGACAAACAAAAACGCUACGUUAGAGAUUUCACGAUUUCUCCUCGACGUGCGGCAAGAUUCACGAGAAAAUGUGUCCGCCGAUUUUUCUACAGGCUAAUCCCUCGGCGUGUGUCUUUUGCGCGAUGGAACGCAUAUCGUGACAACGUGAUAACAUCGAAAUAUGUUACUGUUGUUACUUUUCUCUUUGACAGGGAAAAAAAGGAGGGGGAUCGAUGAAUCCGGCCGCACGCCAGGAUCGUGAGAGAACUGAUCGCUGUAGCAAAAUAAAAAUAGAUAAGCGAUAAUAAUUUAAUGAUAUAAUUUAGUACUACUAAUGUUAAUGCCGCUGGUUAACCGGCGACAAUCGCGACAUCUGUACAUACGACGUUAAGCGUGCGUAAAGAAGAUGCGUUGACAUUCGUGCAUUUUACGUAUGUACUUACUACUUACAAGUAAGUGCACGAAAGAACACACUGUUCUGUGUGUAUUAUACAGAGUUUGUGCAGAAAAAAAUAAUUAUUUUUCAACGCGGUAUCCAUGUGUCCAUUUCAAUCGCUCGAUCCGAUUUAAUGCUGGAAUGCUCGUUUAUUAUUUCCUCUGGUAUUCCACGGCUUCCAAUCUGUUAAGCGUGAUUUAUCGACAACAACAUCGACAAUUAACAACAUCGAUCAAUAUCAAGUUGUUGAGUAAACGAUAUAUCAAUGCUUACAAACUACGGUGAACAAGCUUGAAAUCUAAUAUCGCGUUGAACAAAUUAAUUGUCUACCUUCGAGCAUUUGAGCGUUAAGCGUGGUUUGUUUACUGAAACGAUCCUCGACAAGAUAAAUUGGCAUGGCACUCCAUACGGACCGAUCGAGAUAUUCUCACAAAUUCUUAGGGACGAAAAUAGCUGUUGCUAUUAUCGCAAUUAAACAGACAUGUGGUCUGCGAAUAUUAAAUAUCGCCGACUGUAAUCUGGCAUGGAAAUUUUAACAUAAAAUUGUAACUGCAAUACUCACAAAUGCAUGUGGAUUUGCGCAGCGCAGACUCUGUAUUAUACGUUAUCGCUCGGUAUUUAGACGUAAUUAGGGUAUACGUUCGUUAAGACGGUGUGUAAGUUGAAAUUUUUUUGUAUGAAAUGGCACAAAUAUUUUCUAUGAGAAAGCGGGAGUGAGUUCGAUCGUAAAAAUUGAGUUUCUAUUAUUUUUAUUGCCCGAUUCGCACAUCAGCGGAAUAAAAUGGUCGUCGCACUCGUCGCGCUGAUCAAUUACGCUUGUCUAUAGAGGAGAGAGAAGCUCGCGAAAAUAUAUUGUUAAAUAUAUGUACCUAUGAACAAUUCCUACGCAAUAAUAUACAAUGAUAAUACUUUCUCACAAGUAUAAACACGGGAGAAAGAGAAAGCGGAAAAAAAGAAGAGAAGUUAAAGGUAAAAAUAUAGCUUUAGUAUAUUUGUACCAUACAUUCGUGAACGAUAAUAUAUUAUGUUUCUUUCUUUCUGUUAUUUUCUGCGAAGUAAUUCUUUCGUCGCGUACAAUAAAAUUCAAUUGAGUAUCAGUUUACAUAGAAAUGACUGGACUGCAUAAAAACCAGGAUUGGCCAGAAAAGUCCAGUCAAUAUAAGAAACCAAUUCCGAUAUUUAGGGCGUCUGGGACUUUAUAUAUAUUAAAUGGAAUAAACUGACAAAAACUAUAAAAAUGAUUAAUUUGUAACACUAAAAUAUGUUUAUAUAACUUUAUGUAAAAAGAUAUUUGCUUUAAUUCUUUACAUGGUGGGCCUUUCAAAAUCCUACCUUUUUACAUUCAGUUUGUAAUUAAUUUAAUUGAAUUUCUUGAUUUUAAGUAUAGGUUUUUUGUUUUCAUAGUAUACUUAGCACAUAAACAAAAUGUUAAAAAAUGUUAAAAUCUACUAAUAAAUUUUUAUUUAGAUAAUUACUAUAAACAAAUAAUCAAAAUUCAUGGUUUGUAUAGAGAAAAUCUAAUUUUUACUAAACCAAUAUUAAAAUGGCUAUUCAGAUACUUAUUUAGGAUACUCUUAUAAUACGUUCUCUUAUUAGUAUAAAAAAAUUAACCUAGUAUGGAUUUUAUUUUGGAUAAGGUUUAAAUUGUAAAAAUUUUAUUUAAUUAAUAAUAUUCUCUUAUUGUUUAUUUUAUCGUUAAUAGGAAAGAUCAGUUUUUGCCACUUUAUUCCGAAAUACUGAUUUUUAUCUGGCACUGACUUUAUCAAAAAAAUGUGAAAUUUUGCCAACCCUGACAGAAAUAGUUAAUAAGUUUACCCGCAUAGUUCUAUUAUUAAUUAUGCUAGUAGUAACUUAAAUGCAAAAGAAAAAACGCUUAAAAUCACAAUCGAGAUCCAUUACGAUCGAUCGAGAUCUCAUAGAGAGGUGCUGAAAUUUCCCACGGUGUCAAGUCCGAUUACUUUUGCGUAAACGUGUUGGAAAUCACGGGUGUUAAAAGAAGUUCUUAAAUAGUCUAUGUGUGUAUGUUGUCCUUAAACCCAAUAUAGCGGACAAUGGAUCUGAUUGGCUACGUAGAUAAUCUGACACGUUGCUAAUAAUUCUUACUGAGAUAGAUUCUUAUAAAAUAUAUUAUUAUCAAUGUCUCGGAUCGCCUACACAUAGCCCACCAAAUUCAUUUUCCUCUAUGAUUCUACCUCAAUUCUCGAAAUUAGGUGCUUUAGAUUUCUUCACGAUAAAAUAUAUUGUUCAUAGCAUACGUACGCGUAUACUCGUCUCACGUGCGCUCCUAGUUAUAAUGUAAGGAUAUCCAAAAACUAUCGCCUUUUAUUUUAGCUGUGAUCAAUUUGGAGUCAAUUUUUUCUUAAUAGAAGUUUUUUCCGAGACUUAAGACGAGUUGGCGAAAAAAGUAACUUCUAAAAUCUGGCUGAAAGAAGGGAAAGCAACUUAAAAUUAUCAAAGUUUACGCCGUUAAGAAAAACAGUGUAAUAGUUCUGAAAUAGCCUCUAUAACGAACAUAAAAGAAUGAUGAAAAAAGUAUAACAGCAGAAAUAAUCUUUUUUUCUUCUUCAACGUAAUUUGUUUUCAUUAAGGUUUAUUUAAACAUAUACAGAUAUUUGGUAUCGUGAUAUUACUUGUUUCAAAUAAUUAGUAUCUUUUUUUUUUUUUUAAUUGCCUUUUAAUUAUCAAUCGUGUUUAUCUUAACUGAAGAAAUUUUUAAUUUAAUUCUUUUACACAACUACACACACAGAAGAUAUCUAUGUGAAGUUCGGCUUGUGGUUCUUUGUGUAAAUGAUAAGACAUUCUCGACACCAGAAAUAUGAAUAUAAUAAUGAUAACUACAAAAUAAUAAUAAGAAUAAUAAUAAUUGAUAAAAAUUAUAAUUAAAGUAUGGUGCAAAUCGUAAUGAUAUACAUACAUAAACAUAUAUUGAUAGUAACGACUGUUAUUAGUUGGACUAUUUCGUGCCUGUGUGGUCGAAUAUUACCAUGUUACGGAAGUGAAUCUGUAAUUCAUCAACAAAGUCUUAGUUUAUAUACGUAUAUAAAUAUAAACGUAUAUUAUGUAUAUAUUACGUUAUAUAAGGAUAAAAGAUAAAACUCGUAAUAUAUGCAGCCUUCCAAAACGUAUUUGAAUAGGGAAAGCGUAAAUGCAGGGUGAUCGUGCAAAUAUUUAAAAAAACAAUUUACAACGGUGACUUUUUUCCAUUUUAUACAAUCUAGUGGAUUAAAAUACUUAUGCUUCGU